GACGCCUGCAUUGAGGCUUCAUUGGACCGUUGCGGUGGUCCUCUUCGCCAGACAAUCUCGAAGACUCCCAAUCACCAAUGAGAUACCAAGUGGUAGAGGCACACACGCACGACACGCUGAUGUUUCGCCCCCAAUUCCACCAUGCAAGGUUGAGCCUUCCCUUCGCCGAUUAGGCACGACUUCCCUCUUACACGCCUUUGCACUCACUCUUGUUCUUCCCACUUCCCCAUCUUGAUUCUGUCGCUAUUGCUUCAUACUUCCUCUUUUCAUCUCUGUGUUUCAAUCUGUGGCCAUCUGGUUGCAUACCUGUUGGGUUAGCUGAACAUCGUUUCGCCUCGACUUCGCCUUCAGGCCACCCCUCUGUGCCCGAGAGGCCCGCUGUGCAGCCCACCCCGCCAUAUACCAUCCCACCAUACCCUCUCGCUCCUUCCAACUGACCUAUUCGUCGACAUCGUCAGGUUGAAACACAAUCAGGCAAAAAGGCCGUUGCUGUUGUUCGCUUCAAAAGAUAUACACCAGAGACCCUCCCUGCCACGGGAGAUCGUCGAGGGUUUGUUAGGUGCCGCAGUCACCCGCGCUCCACACCCAGAGCCAUCGUCCUCCCCCGCGCCUUCAACUUUAUUGCAUCUGUCAUGAGCGUGUCAGAGCGAUCCAUGGGACGGCCUGAUGGCGACUUGUUUCUAGGUCGACCGUCAGGCCGUGACUCUCCCACAAUCGUUGAGCCACUGCGCAUCAACAAAAGGACUGCCAGUGCAUCGUCCGGCAUUUCUCAGACGGCCGCCCAAAGUUCUCCCCCGCAGACGCAGCCUCAACCCACCACCCACUACCCAAUGCCCUCACUUCCAUUUCCCGAAGCACGUCCCAAUGGCUACUCGGCCCAAUCACAGUCCUCCUUGUCCACGAGCCCAUAUCCAUAUCCAGACGUGCGGAGGGUCACAUCACCGGAUCAGGCACAAGCCCAGUCGGUCAGCGCUGGCAGUGGCACAAGACAACAAGCGAAGAGAAAAACCUCAGGCGAUGGAAAGCCGGCUCAGACCCUCGGCGAACGGAGAGGGACCAUGCCAAAGCCACUCCCAGAAUCGCCGGGACCUGAAGCCCCAGACAAGGAGGGUCUCUUCCAACGGGCACCCAAUCGUUCUGACGGACUCAACACCGCCCCUCUGCCAGGUACUCGAGAUCCUCAGCAACAACAACAGUAUUGGCCUCCUCCGUCCGCGAAUUCCACUGCCGAUGCUUUCAGUAGACUCAAGGUUAGAGAUCCUUCCUCCAUCAACCGCAUCAGUUCAACAGCUUCCACCUCGACAACAAGAGCUCAGAGGGGCUCACCUCCCCCUCCUGAAACUCCCAUCGCCGGUCCCGCUCUGCGACCACAGACCGACAUUGAGGCUCGGUAUGCUGCCUCUGGCAUCGCCGGCACUGCGACUCUGACCAGCUUGCAAGCCCAAAGCCUCGCCUCCCAGCAACGAGCUGCUCAGUAUGCCUCUCAACAACCGCCACAACCGGCGCAGGCAAGCAAUCCUCCUCGAAGGCCCUGGACACCGACCGAGGCGCCAGGAAGCAGUCCACACCCUGCUCCAACCGUCUAUCAAGGCGUGACUGAGGCAUCGUCAUCUCCUCCUAGGUCGUCCUCGCGGCCCACUUCUCAAGCGCAGUCGGUGCAAUCAUCGAGCCGUGCACCACAUCCCGUCGAAUCCGAAUUGUCUCGCGUUCAGCCACACGAUGAGCCUCCACCAGCAUAUUCACAGAUUCCAGGAACUUCAGGUAGGCAGCCUGCCAACGAGAAGCAAAGGCGGAGCACUGCGGGCGCUGCACCGACUCCACUCGUUGCUCCUACUCAGGGCGUGGUCGCGUCAGGACCUUCACCACCCAACCAGCUCGACCACCCAGCUUUUGCCAACGAUCCCCGUCAGAGCAUUCCCAGCAGUAUUAGCCAGCCAGGGAUGAGUGUGCCAAUACAAGCUCAUCCAUCCCAACAACCUCAGCCCCAGCAAUUACAUCAAUCGAACCAAAUGCCUCAGACACCUUCGCAGAUUCCUCCUGCUUCACCGCCGCCACUCCCCGAAGGCUGGAUAGCGCAUAUGGAUCCGAACUCCGGUCAAUACUACUACAUCCAUCUUCCAAGUCAGUCUACGCAAUGGGAAUUCCCCAAAGGUCCAACACCUCUCAAUAUCGCUGAAACACCCAUGUCGCCAGUGGCCAGCAUGUAUCAGAAUCCCUUGUCAUCGCCCGGUCUUUCAUUCGCCCAAAAGCCCAUGGCAUCACCAGGCCUCCCCAUGACCCCCGGCUAUGAUCAGCAAAGUGUCAUGGGAUUGUCCGCCCCGACUGCAUUCACCGGACCACCACCUACUGCCGGCGUUGAUCUCUACAAGAUAGUUCCGACCAAUGGAGUAUACUUUGGUCCCUACCUCCGCUAUUCCAACAUGGACAUUGAGCGAGGAAUAUGGUACGGAUCAAUUCUCUUGGUGACCGAUGCUCCACAGCCUCCCACUAUUCACUUACACCAGAGUGCCGACCUGUCUCCAAAUCCACGCCAGCUCAAGGCAGCCAGCAUUCAGGCUCACCAGCGUUGGACAUUCUACAAGUACGAGAUUGAUAUUGUCAUGGAUGAGGCAGGCCCUGCGCAAUGGACGUAUGCCAUUACUUCACACUUGGGCUGCACACGAUACGAAUUCCUCGUUGCGGGCAAACAUGAGACAAAUUGGCGCUUCAUCGCAACUUCAGGCAACGAUUUCUCUCUAAAUGUGAGCGUUAAUGAGCGAGCUAGGCUUGGUGGGGUGGGGUUCAUGUGGAAAGACAUCAUGCAGAAACACGCCGAGUGCGGCGGCUUCCACUGCCAGUUGGGUCUUGGGAGCCAGAUCUAUGCCGAUCGAGUUUGGAAGGAGAUACCAUCGCUCAAACAAUGGCUUGCGAUGAGCGGCAAGGAGAACAGGAAGAACGCCGUCUGGACUGCCGCUCAUGAAGAGGACGUCACACAUGCAUAUUUUCAUUACUACACCAGCCACUUUGAUCAGCCAUUUUUGCGAGAAGCAUUUGCCCAGAUACCCCAUGUAUUGGCGAUUGACGAUCAUGACAUUUUUGACGGAUUCGGGUCUUAUCCCGAAUAUAUGCAGUUCAGUAACAUGUUCAAGAACAUUGGUCGGAUUGGCAUUGAGAUGUAUCUUUUGUUUCAGCAUCAUACCACGUUGGAGCUUCUGCGAGACGUCUCGGACGAUCGAGAUUUGUUCACCGUCACCGGCACUGGGUGGCAUUUUGUCAAGUUUUUGGGACCAGCGGUGGCGGUUGUGGCACCGGAUACGAGAAGCGAACGAAAUCCUCAUCAGGUCAUGGCUGGCCCGACUUAUCAAGGCCUGUUUCCAAAGAUCGCAAUGCUUCCUCCGAGCAUUCAACACUGCUUGAUGAUGGUGGCCGUUCCUCUGAUUUACCCCAGGCUCGACGCUGCCGAGUCCAUUGCGCACACAGUGGCGACUGGCAAGAAAGCCGUAACGGGGGCUUACAAUGUCCUUGGUCGGGUGACCAGCUCUGUCGCCGGGGUCGUCGGUGCUAAGGGGGCUGUUGGGUCUGGAUUUGACUCGGUCAAGAGAGCGGUGGGCAAAUCUGGAUUGAUGGGCGGCAUCUUGAGCCCUUUCGGAGAUAUUGAUGUCCUCGAUGAGCUCAAGGAUCAAUGGACACACGAAUCAAAGGAUCUUGAACGGACAUACUUUAUUCGGACCCUUCAGGGCAUCUCGCAGCAAAGGUCUAUUCGAUUCACGUUCCUCUCUGGGGCAGUCAACGUCUGCGGCGCAGGCCUUGUUCACGACCCAUCUCACCCAUCGAAUCACAAGACAAUGUAUCAAUUGAUAUCUUCCUCCGUCGUCAAUACACCGCCACCAGGUUAUGUAAUGAAGCUUCUCAAUAACAAUAAACCACUCUACAUUCCGGUCAACGGCCAAAGGUCCACACCGUCUCAACCUACGGAUACCAAAGAAGACAUGAUGGAAAUCUUCACCCACGAUGUGACGGGCCAACCCACCACCAACCGGAAGUUGAUGCCCCGGCGCAACUAUGUGGCUAUUGUCGUCUAUGACCCAGAGAUUGUCAGCGGUACAUUUGGACAGACAGGCAUGAAACGUGGAGGAGGGAAACUCAGCCUUGCGGCCGAUUUUCUGGUCCAAGGCGAGGGCGCUUAUGGCAAUGUGGUCAAGUUUGGACCUGUUGUGGUGCCGAGCUUGGAAUAUGGAAGGUAAUGGACAGCACGAGAUGCAUGGGAGAUGUGUCAGGAUCAUCGUUUUGGGCUUCUUGUGGAUAAUACUUUGACAUGAAGCUUGACGAUCAGAGAACCUGGAGCUGGAGUAUCGGCAAGGCACCUGAAGCUAGCAUAGCGAUUUUGUGUCCAAGCCAUGUUGACAAAGUCGAAGUGUUGUGCCAUGGCUUCUGUGUCAAGUAUCAACUCCUAUUUUUCUUAAAGUGCGAAUUGAGAGACUAUUGAAUUCAUCUAGAAGAUGUUAUUUACGAACCGAAGGCACUUAGAUAUACGAACGACCCAAUGGGAUGAUUGAUAGUACGAGGGAGAGAACCACUAUAACG